CGCUCACAAAAACCACAAAGCGCCUUCGCCCAUAUAAGUACACUUUUUGUGUGAUAUAUUUUCUUUACCCUUUAAUCUCUCUCCCUAUAGAUUUUGAAUCCGGAUCCACCGCCAUCACCCAAAAUAAACACUCACCCCUCUUUUUCUCCACAACCUGCUUCGCCAUUGCCAUUGCCAUUGCCAUUGCCAUUGCCAUUGCCUUUCUUUUUCUUCUUUUCUCAUAAUAAUCAAAUGAGGAAGGGAGCUAAGAGAAAAGCCGCCUCUCAGAAACAAGAGGAGAAGGAAGUAACGCAAGAGAAUCAGAAGGAGAACCAUAAACCUGCUCCCAAAGCUAAGCGUGCUAAGACCUCCAAGCCUCAACCCGAGCCUGAGUACUUCGAAGAUAAGCGUAACUUGGAAGAUUUAUGGAAAGCUGCAUUUCCUGUUGGAACAGAGUGGGAUCAAUUGGACACUGUUUACCAAUUCAACUGGAACUUUUCGAAUCUAGAAGAUGCAUUUGAAGAGGGGGGAAAGCUAUACGGAAAGAAAGUUUAUCUCUUUGGUUGUACGGAGCCUCAAUUGGUACCUUAUAAGGGAGAAAAUAAAGUCAUUUGUAUACCUGUGGUUGUGGCUGUUGUGUCUCCUUUCCCACCUUCAGAUAAGAUCGGUAUUAACUCUGUGCAGAGAGAAGCUGAAGAGAUUAUUCCCAUGAAACAAAUGAAAAUGGACUGGGUUCCAUAUAUUCCACUUGAGAAUAGAGACAGCCAAGUUGAUAGACUGAGAUCUCAAAUAUUCAUCUUAAGCUGUACUCAAAGAAGGGUUGCUUUGAAACAAAUGAAAAUAGAUCGUCUCAAGAAAUAUGAGUAUUGUCUGCCUUAUUUCUACCAGCCUUUGAAGGAAGAUGAGCUUGAACAAAGCACUGAGGUUCAAAUAAUUUUUCCGGCAGAACCAAAGCCGGUUUUUUGUGAAUUUGAUUGGGAGUUGGAUGAACUUGAUGAGUUUACUGAUAAACUGAUUGAGGCAGAUGAAUUAGAUAAAGAUCAAAAGGAUGCCUUCAAGGAGUUUGUCAAAGAGAGAGUUAGAGAAGCAAAGAAAGCUAAUAGGCAGGCAAGAGAAGCUCGCAAAAAGGCCCUUGAUGAAAUGAGUGAGGAAACUAAAGCAGCAUUUGAGAACAUGAGAUUUUACAAGUUUUACCCUGUUCAAACUCCGGAUACUCCUAAUGUAUCAAAUGUUAAGGCGCCGUUCAUAAACAGGUAUUACGGUAAGGCUCAUGAGAUUCUCUAAUGGAGCUUUCAUUCAGGAUCUAGCAUAGUUGAGGGAUGCUCUAAAGCCUGCUUCGGCUUGCAAUAAGUAAGAACUUAUUGUAGUUCUGGUGCCCCAUCGCAGCCAGGUGUCUUAGGUGACAAAUUUAAACUUAUAGCUCGAUAACUCUUUAGAAUAGGAGGAAUUUGUAGAAUGCUCUGGUGAGGUUUUUCCAAAAAAUUUUGAAGGAUUUCUUAAGCUUAAGGUGCUUAAAAUCCCUCUUCAGAUUAUGUCUUGGUUUUACUCUUAUCCACCCUAGCCAUCUUUUGUUCCGAGGUAUUGUAAUAAUAGCAUUAUAUAACAAUUCAAUUCUAUGAACAAAAUCAAUGAAAAAA